AUGGCUCUCAAGCGCUUUGUCUUCAAAAGAUGGUCAGUAGCGGCUCCUCACCUAUGCGACGUCAAAUGUGGAGAAGAAAUCACGUGCCAAAGCUAUAACUACAAUCGAAAAUACCAAAUAUGUGAACUAAAUAACCGCACCAAGGAGGCGAGACCAGAGAAUUUUCUUUCAGCGCCCUCGUGGUUUUACAUCAAGCGAUUGAACGGCAGAAGUAAGAAAUCAGAAGUCUAUGUGCUAGCUGUUUUUUUCCUCCAGAUUUUCUCCACACAUAGCCGACCUUGUUCCCUCUCACUUAUGAUUAAGAAAUAAGAAUAGGAAGAAAACAAAACUUUUAUUUUUACUGCAGCUCCUUUGGGUUCUAUUCCUGAGUUACCGGCGAUAUCCUGUCUCGAAAUAAAGGCGAGUGAAGGUAAAAACACCAUCAGCCGCAAGUAUUGGCUGGAUCCAACAGGCACUGGGAAGGCAAAAUUGAUUAACUGUGAUAUGGCUAGCGGGGGUAGGUCCUAUAAUGUUCUUUACGAGUUAACUUAUUUUUACCACACAAUGAUAUUCAUGUUAUUUUUAUUUUUAUUUUAAUCACUAUUGUUUGUUUGGUUACUAUCAUUUUUAGUGUGGAUACCCAUCCCACUUCUUUUUUAUCUUAGCCACUGCUUUUAUGGAUAAUCUUCUUAGUGGAGGUUGAAAAUUAUUAAUUCUAGAUAUGGAUAAAUGUAAAUAUUAUAUGUAUGACUGCGACGGGAAUGCAAACUGCACUAACACGUACGGUUCUCACAAAUGCACCCCUAAAGCGGGGUACACUGGUGAUGGACACUUAUGUUCAGGUACACUUAAUUUUCAAUAUUUUUUUAAUUUUUCAAUUAUCCAAUAUGACCAUAGAUGCGAUUUUCCAUUAACUGUUUUAGUUAACCUCUAUGCGAAGUCUUGUCAUAAAAGUGAGUGCAGCAAUAAAGCAAUACAUUAAGGUUAUGUCAAGCAGCUGUAUCGGAGGCAAAAGGAAACAAGUAUAACACUAUGUUAUGCAGACAUUUUUGAGUGAAGCGAUGGUAAAAAGGUUUGUGACAUUAAUACGAAAGGAACCUAAAAAAAGUUAUUGUCAAUAUCAUUGUCAUCAUCAACCAACAUCGUCCUUGUCGCUAUCAUUUUGAUCAUCAUUAUUGCCAUCAUUUUUGUUUACAGAUGUCGAUGAAUGCAGCGAUAAAAUUCAUGUUUGCGAUGUGAAUGCAAUGUGCACUAACACCAAUGGCUCUCAUAACUGCACUUGUACGAAUGGAUACAUUGGAGAUGGACAAUCAUGUCAAGGUACAUGACUUUAGACAUUAAUUACUGCAUGAGUAACUAAGUAUAUAUUCGAUAAUGAAACGAAUGAUUGUCAGACAAAGCCUCAUCAUGUUACCCCUUACACAUCUCUUCAGAUAUCGAUGAAUGCAGCGAUGGAAGCCACAUGUGUGAUGUGAAUUCGAACUGUACUAACACUGGUGGCUCUCACAACUGCACCUGCAGGAAAGGAUACAUUGGGGAUGGAAAAUCGUGCCGAGGUACAUUUUAUAACUUUUAUUACCGUCUAUGAAUGUUUUUUUAACUCGUGCAUUUCUUUUGACGCUUUUUAAGUUCGAAAUAAAAAGUUGAUGCGCGAAAAAAUCGAGAGGUUGGACUUUCACAUUGAAGUUUUGGGUAUUGUUGCUUUAUUUAAUGGAAGAGCUAACUUCGAGAGAACACUUCGGCUGAGAUAUCCAAUUCUUUAAAGUUCAAAUAAUUGGCUGAAUACUACAUAAGAAUAUACCUUUUCCGAUAACUAUUUUUACAAGAGGUCUUUCGUCGUGUAUCUCUAAACUUAGAAGAUUCCUGCAAAGUUAGAACGAUAGCAAUUAUGAUCAAAUGAAUUUUACUUAUGGAAUCCAGUUCGAGUUGUUAUUCCAAUUCCUGGAUGUUGCUUAUCUAAAGAUACUUUUAAAAAAAUCACACGCUCCUGUGAAGUAAUUGUGUCACGCCCUAAUCUGUUGGGGCCUGUAUCACUCUGUAGAAGCCUUUUAAGGCUUCCACAGAGUGAUAAUGUGAUAAUGUUCAAAGACCGGUAUGGUAGUAUGCAGUUAGGGUUCAAACAGCCAACGACUUGAUGGGCUAUUAAAUCAACAGGAUGCAUAACUUCUUAUGAUGCUAUUAUUUAAUUUUAGGUCAUUUUGCAUCAUUAUUGUCCAACGCCAAUACUUCCUCACAUUUUACUUACUGCACAGAUGUAAUUUUGUCAAAAAAACAAGUGCCAUCUGCUUGUUGUUGAAGUGAUCGACUCACAAAAUGUUAAGAAAUCAAUUUCACCAUUUAUUUUAAUACCAAUAUACAAUUUCAGUAAACUUUAUAACGAUCCGUGUAAAAUGUAUAAAGAAGUGAGCGUGCCAAUAGAAGAAGUAGUUAUAUUAUACUGCUAUCUGGACCAGCGUUGUGUGACAGUCAACUCAGUGACUGAUUCUAAUAACUAUAAUGCUCUUAAAAUGAUCAUUUUUCUUUGUAGCCGAUCCUUGCCUUCAUCACUUAAACCUGAGUGAAGCCAAUCGAAACACAAAGUACAAAACGCCGGAAUCUGGACCACUUUUUUGUGACAACCAACUCUCUGUGGGAUGGUAUCGUUUUGUGGGAGCUGCAGGAACAAAAAUGCCGACAAAACGUGUGCCAGCAUUCAGAUGUGGUACAGACUGGUCAGGCUGGUUGGAUGGUGCUCAUCCUACAGUGGAAGAUGGUGAAGUUCACGGGAACGUCUGCUUUAGUGGCAAACCAAACCACUAUUGCAAAAGCCUCAAAAACAUUUUUGUCAAGAACUGA